AAGAUCUAGCACAACUCCGUAUGACCUUGCAUCAAAAAUUAUACGAUAAUUCUUUUUAUUUUUCUGUUUAGUUAAGAUGCCGAUACAUGGUUGGCGUCAGUAUUUAGAUGAUUCUGUCAGAUAGUUUGUUUUACUGAUCUGUUGUAUUAUAUGAUAAUUCGUUUUAUUUUUCUGUUUAGUUAAGAUGCCGAUAAGGUACACUUGCAGUUAAAAAUGGAUUUCGCUGAUUUAUACACCAUUCGACAGAGAAUCUAACGGUGGCAUUCGAAUGAUGUACUUUUUUUAUCUUAUUCGAUCACUUUAAUGUUUUUGAAUUUUCGCGUCGAAGAAUUACUGAGAUUUUCAUCAAAAAAUGAAAAUCAACGAAAAAAUUUGAGAUAUAUAUCAUUCGACUGGUAGCGUGCAAUCAGUUAGAGAGAGACUUCAAAAACCAUGUAGGGUUGCAAAAAUACUAUAUACGAUAUUUAUUGCGAGUGCAAUUCAUUGUAUGUAGGUGGAAAUGAGUGUUUUGACAAGAGAAUAAAACAACAUCAAAAUUCUGUAAUCAAAACGUAAGUUGAAUUCCUAGAGAUCGCUAAACAUGCUGUUUCAUGUUAAAAAGAAAUCAAACUCGAUGCGAGUAUUAUUUUCGACAAUAAGUCAAACAUUCUUAAACGAGAAUGGUUAGAAAGUACAUAUUCUAUUGCCAGCAAGUCGUUCCCAAUUUUCAGUAAAAUGAGAUCCUGCUGAGCGUUUUAGACGGCUCCAUCACUGAAAUAUUCCGCUUUAAAGUUUGAAACAUAAAGAACAUGCCAUUUUCGAUAAAAGUGGAUUUUCUUUCGAAUGGUGAAAAGUUUGAGAAAAGCUAUAGGUGUUUUUGUCGCUCGCAGACUGGCGAUUCAAAUAGCAUAAAAAAUUUAGCUCCAUCUUCUGACCAAAAAAACUAUACGACCUUCAACCAAAAACUAGAUAGGUCUCCGAAGUUUGGAUGUACGUCCUUACAUGUCAGUUUCGGUGUUCGCCCAAAAUUUAGUUUUCGGUUUGAAACUUUGAAAGCACAUUGCUGGAUUCAGUUUUCAAUGCUGAAUCUGAAUAUUCCAAGCAGAAAACUCUACAACGUUUCACGGCGAAACUAUAGACCUUUUUCUAAAAACGGGUGUGUUUCCGGUUUUCGGAUCACCUCAAGUUUUCUCGAUUUUUCGACGGGAAAAAACUCUCUCAAAAAUCUAGAGAUCCCAACAUUCUGACCGCCGUUAGAUUCUCUGUCGAAUGGUGUAUAAAUCAGCGAAAUCUAUUUUUAACUGCAAGUGUACCUUAUCGGCAUCUUACGGCUUCGGUGACUGUGAAUACACCAAUCAAGAAAAUCUACUCUUAAACGCUACCAUCAUCUUAUCAAUUCAAUUUGAUUGAAAGUGAUCUACGAAAUCUAUUUUUAACUGCGAGUGUACCUUAUCGGCAUCUUAACUAAACAGAAAAAUAAAACGAAUUAUCAUAUAAUACAACAGAUCAGUAAAACAAACUAUCUGACAAGAGUCAUCUAAACAAGCCGUGAAUGGUUGGACUGGAUACUGACGCCAGCCAUGUAACAAAGCUGUUGUCCUACAGCUUACCCGCAGGCUUGCCUGUGUCUGGACGUACAGCACCUUCUGCAUAUAUUCACGACUGCCGUCUAUCAAUGCUAUCGUUUGAAAUUGAAAAUAUUCGGUUCAGUGAAUCUACCUGCUCUAUCUAAUGCAUUUUAUCAUUCAAGUAUAAUGAUGUUUGUGUCAUUUGCCAUUAUUAUUUACACGUGUCUUUUCUUUCUUGAUCUGUUUGUAACGUGUGUAUAUUUCACACUUCUAGUUAAAUUUUCGUUUUUGUUCUUUUCUACAAGAUUGGAUAGAGCUGAUCGAUAUGAGUAAGAGAAAGUGUUUUUAAUGUUUGUAUAAUUGUGACAGACGACGAAAUAGAACAUCAUAUUAGCGCACGAAUUGUCGUCGAAUUCGUGCACCAGUUCGCAGUUUAUUAAACAAGAAAUAUAAAGAUAGAAUGACGGUUAAAAAGGUACAUAAGAAUAUACUCGAAAAAGAACAUUAUUGGAAACGUCUACACUUAAUUAUGAUGUAACCGGUUCAACACAAAAAACAUUUAAUAAGGUAAAAGCCAGAGCUAUUAAUGAUACAUAGUUAGAUCCGAAUGAAGAUGAAGCAUUAGCGAAAUUAACGAAAAAUUUGAAAAAUGAAAUGAACAAUGAUGGAAAAGUACCAGAUGCGGUACUAGUUUAUUGUAAAACUCCUUCACAUAUAAUUGGGUAUACUGGAGCAUCGAUACGAUUAUUCGGUGAUUUAUGUUCUUCAUCAAAUUCAGUCACUUCAUGGGAUGCAACGGGUGGAAUCAUCAAAAGAAAAAACGGGCGUAAACUUCUCCGUUAUGAAUUAACAAUGACAUGA